AUGUCAUGAUGGAGAACCGGCCACCCCUCACAUCACCGGAUGGAUCCAGUAAUGGGAACCCACCAGAGAGAUGUCCCCGUCCUCUGUAUUCCCGGGACUCCACACAAGACCAUCAGGAGAUCCCUCAGGAGGAUCAGAUGGAGGGGAUGAUUGUUGUUAAAGUUGAAGAUGAAGAAGAGGCGGGUGAUGGUCCAUGUAUGGAGGGUGAUGGUCCAUGUAUGGAGGGGGGCUUCACUCUCAUCUUUAUUCACAGACCCCGGAGACACCAGAGACACUCAGAGAGACGUCAAAGCUGAGGAGGAG